GGCGUCAAUAGCCUUGGACGACAUCAACCUCGACUUCACCCUUCGCGACAUCAACUGUGAGCAACACGACAACAAUGGCACUCCGAACAAUCGGGCCCAAAGCGGCCGCGGCACUGGACGAAGAAUUAAUGUCCGCCGGCGCCUUUUCAAUCGACCAACUCAUGGAACUCGCCGGCCUUUCCGUCUCGCAAGCCAUGUAUCGCCUCUCGCCUCCAACACAAUCUCCCAACGUCCUCGUCGCCUGCGGUCCAGGGAACAAUGGCGGAGACGGCCUCGUCGCGGCUCGACACCUGCACUACUUCGGCUACAAACCCAUCAUGUACUUCCCCAAGCAAGGCAAGAAUGAAAUCUACGGCCGCUUGCGCACGCAGCUCGAGCAGCUGCGCGUACCAUUUACAGACGACUUCAAAGCGGCGAUCGCGAAGAGCGACUGGGUUAUUGAUGCCAUUUUCGGAUUCUCUUUCUCGGGCGAAGUUAGAGAGCCAUUCCCUGCAGUCAUCAAGGCGCUCGCGGAGAGCAAGAUCCCCGUUUUCGCGGUAGAUGCGCCGUCGAGCUGGAAUAUUGAGGGGGGGCCGCCGAGCGAUGGGCCGGGUAAGGACUACAAUCCUGACGCACUAAUUUCAUUGACGGCGCCCAAGCCGCUGGUCAAGUGGUUCAAGGGCAGGCAUUUUGUGGGUGCGAGGUUCCUCGGCCAGGAAAUCGCGGACAAAUACGAUAUCGACGUUCCGCAGUACAAGGGCAGCGAUCAGGUUGUUGAGGUACCGGUCUCCUCUGUGAAGCUUUGAGGACCUGCUUGAGCUGGACAGAGUGGGUUGAGCAAUAUGGUAGCCCACUUAUAACGAUUGAUGAAAUGCAAAG